AUGGAUCAACAGUUUUGUCUGAGAUGGAACAACCAUCCCACGAACCUAACAGACGUAUUAAGCAGUCUUUUAAGAAGAGAAGCGCUAUGUGAUGUAACUUUAGCCUGUGACGGUGAAACGUUCAAAGCCCACCAAACAAUCCUCUCAGCAUGUAGUCCAUAUUUUGAAACAAUUUUUAUACAAAAUGCUCAUCCGCACCCUAUAGUUUUCCUCAAAGAUGUCAAUUACAACGAAAUGAAAGCACUGUUAGAUUUUAUGUAUAAAGGAGAAGUGAAUGUGUCUCAAAAUUUACUACCGAUGUUCCUAAAAACUGCAGAAGCCUUGCAAAUUAGGGGCCUCACAGAUAAGAAUUCUUUUAGUAAAAACGACGAAUUAACAGAAGUGCCAAGAAGAGACAGAGAUAGGAUAGUAGAAAGAGACAGCCCUCCGAGUGAAAAAAGAAAACGGAAAUCGUCUUCAAACUGUGAUAUGACAUCAAACUCAAACUUUGAAAGGUUUAAUGAUUCUCAGGCAUCUCAAAGGUUAAACACAAAUGUACCAAAGUUAAAUCCCAUAUCGCCUGUCGAUAGGGAUACAAGUUCAGGCCCAGAGGAUAUGAGAAUAUCCUCACCUUUAAUAAAACAAGAACCGCCGCCUCAUGAGUCCAGUCCUCUUAUCGAUUCGUUUCAUUCAAUGUCAGAAGCACUGCAGACGAUCAACUCUUGGGGGAGAGAAGGCGACCUUGAAACUCUACCAACUACGGUGUUACCUCAACAACCGCCUAUCAAACAACCCAGCGAACCGCAAAAACUGGAGAAUUUAUCUACCACUAUUAUUAUUGACGAUAUUUCUGCAAGAACGGUGGCUAAUAUAUGGAAUAGAUCAAAUCUGGAGAUACAAUCCGCGGAAGUCAAUUUUGGUAACAUGGAAUAUACGAACAUGACAAUUUCUUCCCCUAAACUAAUGAUUUCACCCCCCGGUGCAGCUGCCGAUGCUAACAAAUCACAACAGACAUCCCAAGAGUGUUCCGUUAUACAGAGCUCUUCGAAUUCCCAAACUGUACCACCUAGAUCCAACGUGGGGCGAAAGUACAGCAAAUUUAGACCAAACUGGAUGGAUAUCUACAUGUGGUUGCAGUAUGAUGAAAAUCAAAAUAUUAUGUACUGCAAAUAUUGUCGGAAGUGGAGUCAUGAGGUACCGGACAUACGUACCUCCUUUGCCGUUGGAAAUUCAAAUUUUAGGUUAGAAAUCGUCAACCAUCACGAUAAGUGCAAGGCACAUAAGUUGUGUAUGGCUAAAGAAUUUACCAAUGUCGGUAGUAAUAGUGCAAUAGACAGAGCCUUGGGAAUUGUUACGCCACAAAACAGUUCUCAAAAUUAACUAAAAGAAAUGUAUAUAUUAACUAAGUGAGUAAUUUGGGUCCAAACAAUGUUAUUUUG